UUUCUCAUGGAGCCAGAUAACGCAGUAUCAAGCUCUUUCUGAAGACAUUUGACAAACUCUAAAGACAUUCAUCACAAGAUGCCAGAACAGACUGAGCUCAUUCACACCUUCAAUGGCAUUCCAUUUUCUACAAGAGUAUCAAAAGAGCUCCUUCAGUCCCUGGACACCUUUGAAGCCAGAGAAGACGACGUGUUAUUAGUUUCCUAUCCAAAAUCAGGCACGCACUGGCUUACAGAGAUUAUGAAGAAUCUGUACCACAGCCACAAUGAAGACAAUGGGGUUAGCAAAGUGACACUGACAUCACCUCUGGAGUUCGGAGAUCUCUCCAAGUUCGAUGAGCUGAGAAACCUCCCCAACAAGAGGCUCAUCCCAACACACCUCAACUAUGAAAUGAUCCCAGUGCAGUUCAAAACGAAAAAAUGCAAGAUGAUUUAUGUGAUCAGAAAUCCUAAGGACACCGCUGUUUCAUUGUACCAUUAUUACAAGCAGAACCCCAAUCUGCCCAAGAUUGAGAAAUGGUCCACCUUUUUAGAAAUGUUCUUGAAAGGAGAAGUUGUGUGCGGUUCCUGGAUUGACCAUGUCCUUAGCUGGGAAAAGAGUAAAACUGAUGAAAAUGUCCUUGUUCUGUACUACGAGUCCUUAAAGGAGGAUCUUCCAAAACAUGUCAAGGAGAUCAGCACAUUUUUGGGCAUCAAUGUCACUGAAGAGCAAGUCAAAGACAUUUCAAAGAAAUCUUCCUUCAGUGAAAUGAAGGAAAAGGCAGAGAAGGAGAAAGUGAAUCCAAACCACACGGUCUGUGUACUGACUUCCAACAAGAAGCUGAUAUUUAGGAAAGGUACUGUUGGUGACUGGAAAAAUCAUUUCACUUCCAAGCAGAAUGCCAGGUUUGAUGAGCUGUUCAAUGAAAAAAUCAACUCCAGUGAAUUAGCAAGACGUGUGGAAUAUGAGAGUUAGAAUAUAAAGAGCAAUGGCACACUUAUUGUAUUAAUGAUGUAAAUAAACUGCAAUACUGUAGUAAGGGGUUUCCCAAUGUAAUAUCUUGUCAAAACUGACUCCCUUGUUAUUGGGUGAAAUCUGUAACUCAUGGCACUUUUUGCUGGGAAGACGUUUGAUUCACUUUGUUUUGGUAAAUCAAAAGGAAAAUAUUUUUGUAUUAAAUGUAUAAAUGUACUUUCUUAAAAUAAUAUGUAUUUAUUUAUUUAUUUUAUUAUUUGUGUAUGUGCUUGGAAUUGUUUUCUCUGUUCAGUGGUUAUUUUCUGCACAGCAUUAAUGUAUAAAUAGAUGUUAAAUUCUUGCACACAAUAAAGAUUUACAAAC